UGCUCCACCAGUUACAAUUCCAGCAUCAGAGAGUUUAAGGUGUUCCCUGCAAACACUCAAACUCCUCUCUGACUCAUACGCUCACACACAUAUAUCACAGUUGUGGAAUUUUCAACUCUUUCAACGCUGAGAUCCUUCACCACCUCUAACAAUGGGAGUGGAAAUACCUGAGUAUUCAGAUGCUGAUUUCACCUAUGAUUAUGAGUUUAUCAGAAGAGGUGGGCUGAUCUUUGCAGCUGUUUUGUUCUGUUUGGGUAUGGCUAUCAUAUUCAGCAAAAAGUUCAACUGUGGAAACAAGGUAUCUGCUAAGUAAGGCACAUACAAUAUCCAUACAAUAAAAGAUAAAA